ACAUUACAUUCACGAUUCUUUCAAUAAACCCUAAAGAGAGGUGAAGAUGCUCCGACUUUGAUAUUCCAAAUGUCAUUCUCAAGGUUAAGCUCUUCUCUCCGUCUCUCUGUUCCCAAGUUUCCUCCUUUUCUUCUCUGCUUUCCUUCUUCCUCACUCCAAACCCGAUUCAUUCACAAUGUUGACGUUGAUGAUGCUGUUUCCUCAUUUAAUCGCAUGCUCAACAUGCGUCCUUCCCCAUCCAUCGUUCAAUUUAACAAAAUUUUGGGGUCCCUCGUUAAGAACAAGCAUGUCCACACUGCCAUUUCCCUUCUUCAACGAUUGGGAUUCAAGGGAAUUGAGCCAGACAUUUUUACUUUUAACAUUCACAUCAAUUGUUUAUGCCAACUGCGUCGUAUGACCUUAGCUUUUUCGGUAUUGGCCAAGAUCUUCAGAGUGGGUCAUCAGCCGGAUACCGUAACCUUCAAUACACUCAUGAAUGGUAUGUGUCUUAAUGGCAACGUCAGAAAAGCAAUGCAUUUUCAUGACAAGGUGGUUGCACAAGGAUUUCAAAUGAACCAAGUUAGUUACGGGACGUUGAUCAACGGACUCUGCAAAGUGGGGGAAACCAGAGCUGCCAUUCAUUUGCUUAGAAAGAUUGAAGCUCAAUCGAUUGAGCCGAAUGUGGUAAUGUACAGUACAAUCAUUGAUAGCCUAUGCAAAGACAAACUUGUGACUGAGGCUAGUGAUUUUUUCGUAGAAAUGGUUUUCAAGAAGAAUAUUUAUCCUAACGUUAUCAUCUACAGUUGUCUAGUUUACGGCUUUUGCCUUUUGGAUCAAGUGAAGAAAGCAGUUGGUUUGUUCAAUGAAAUGGUAUUGAAAAGAAUUAACCCAGACGCAUAUACCUACAGCAUAUUGGUUGAUGCACUGUGUAAGAAAGGAAACCUGAGAGAAGCUAAAAAUUUGUUAAGUGUGAUGAUAAAAGAUGGUGUGAAACCUGGUGUUGUUAUUUAUAGUAAUUUAAUAGAUGGCUAUUGUUUAAUUAAUGAAGUAAAGAAUGCCAGAUGUGUAUUCAAUAACAUGAUCCGAACUGGAGUAACCCCUAAUCUACAUUGCUACAGCAUAAUGAUUAAUGGAUUAUGCAAGAUUAAAAUGGUGGAUGAAGCCAUGGUUCUCUUUGAAGACAUGCAUUGCCACGGUAUAGCACCAGAUACAGUAAUUUACAAUUAUCUUAUUGAUGGUUUUUGCAAAUUAGGAAGAAUUUCUUAUGUUUGGGAGCUUAUUGAUGAGAUGGAGGAUAGGGGUCAAUGUGCUAAUAUAAUUACCUACAAUUCCUUAAUAGAUGCAUUAUUCAAAAACCAUCGUCUAAAUCAGGCAAUUGCAUUGUUCAAUAAAGUCAUAGACAAGGGCAUUCAUCCAAGUGCAUAUACAUACACAAUACUUGUUGAUGGACUGUGCAAAGGCGGAAGAGUUAAAGAUGCACAAGAGAUUUUCCAGGAUCUUUUGAUUAAUGGCUAUCAGCUAGAUGUGUCAACAUAUAGUGCUAUGAUCAAUGGGCUUUGUAAGGAGGGCUUGUUUGAUGAAGCAUUAGCCUUGUGGUCAAAAAUGGAAGACAAUGGUUGCAGCCCUGAUGUUAUAACUUUUGACAUAAUUAUCCGUGCUCUCUUUGAAAGAGAUGAUAAUGGUACAGCCGAGAAUCUUCUUCAUGAAAUGGUUGACAGAGGCUUAUUGUGAGAUUAAAACUAAUGCUUUCCACUUACACUUGUUAUGGAACAUUUCCAUUUCUUAUGCUGCAUUCUCUACUUCCCUUCCUUUAUGGGCCUUCCUGAUCCAGCAGUAACCACCCUUAAACCCAUUUUCCCAAGCUCAUCUAAGCCAACAACAACAAUCCCAGCAUUCCCACAACACUCUGAUGUUGCAGGGUGCCCUCUUGCUCUCUCAGAUGAGUUCUUUGAUCGGAUAAAAGUGCAUGUGGUGUCACCAAAGAUGAUGGUGACAAGGAACUGCACCACAGUAGGUAAAUUCAUAUUGGCUUUGCAUCGUACAAUGGGUCAUGUACAAGGCAUUGAUGUACAUAAACUCGAAUGUGAACUUAUUUGAAAAUGGCAUGGAUGAUCCAGGUAAUGUGACUUCCUAAGGGUUUUCAUAACACCACAAGAAUAAAUUGUUAUAAAGGCUAUUUGACUCAACUAAAGAAAGCAGUUGAUGAUGGAGCAAAUGUGGUAGGAUACUUUGCAUGGUCAUUGCUUGAUAACUUUGAAUGAAGACUGGGUUACACAUCAAGGUUUGGCAUUGUUUCUGUUGAUUUCAAAACAAUCAAGAGAUACCCCAAGAUGUCAGUAUACUGGUUCAAGUAGCUUAUUGCCAAAAAGAAGUAGUAAAUAACAGGCAAAGAAUCUUUUUUUAUGCUUCCAGUUGUUUCAGAGAAUCAUGUUAUGGUGGUUUUGGUUAAGUUGAAGUGUCUCUUCAAUUGUAAUCAAGUUACUUGUUUAAUGCAAGUCUUGUAAUAAAAAUGACAUUUUCUCAUUU